AUGCAACAUGCAGAUGCUCUAUCACGGUCGAAUAUCAAUUUGUUAGUAGAAGAUGAGUGUACUUCGAAUAUCUUUGAAGAGUCAUUAUGCGUUGCUCAGCAUCAAGAUCCGGAUGUGAAAAAGAUUAAAGAAGCCGUUGAAUGUCAACAGAUGAAGGAUUACGAAGUAAGAAAUGCGGUGGUGUACAAAGUAAUUGGCAGCAAGUCAUUAGUAUAUGUUCCGGAGCGAAUGGUGCAAUCGGUUAUUAAUAAGUUCCAUAACCAGAUGGGCCACUUUGGUGUAGACAAGGUGUGUGAGCUGAUCAAAAGAGCGUACUGGUUUCCACGCAUGCGUGAACGAGUGCAGGAGCAUGCAAAGUCUUGUGUCACAUGUAUUGCGUACAAUCCCAGAAAUAAAAAGUACGAUGGUAAUCUUUAUGAGGUGGAUAAGCCCAGGAUACCGUUUGAGGUUGUGCACGUUGAUCAUCUUGGGCCCUUAGAGCGGACUAAGGAUCAUGGUAUUAAACACGUAAAAGUUGCAACAGCAUGCCCCAAGUCCAAUGGGCAAGUUGAGCGGUACAACAAUACGUUGGUACCACUACUUGGCAAAAUGGUUGAAGAAUCGGGAAAAAGUUGGGAUACCGUUCUCACCGAUGUAGAGUUUUUGUUGAAUAACACGGUGAAUCGCUCUACUGGAAAGACGGCUUCUACUCUUUUGUUCGGUGUUAAUCAGAGGAGACGAAUCGAUUGUGAUCUAACCCAAUAUUUGCAGGAUCAGAACGACAACUACGAUAGAGAUUUGGGUAGUCUUCGAGAGGCAGCUAGCGAAAGUAUGCGGAAACAGCAGCAAUAUAACAAACACAUGUACGACAGUCAUUGCAAGAAGAAUAUCAACUAUCAGACAGGAGAUUUGGUAAUGCUACGGAGGACAAAUGUGGUAGGAGAGAGAAGUAAACUGAAGCCAAAGUUUCGCGGUCCCUAUAUCAUUAAGAAAGUGCUCGAUAAUAACCGUUAUGUGGUAGCUGACUUAGAUAAUUACCAAGUAUCAAACAAUCGUUUCGAAGGGAUUUUUGACCCUUUAAAUAUGCGGCUCUAUCAAAAAGCGGAAAAACAACCAGAUGUUGAUUCAGAUUCAGAAAUCGAAUACGAGGAUAUAGAGUAUUUGGAAGAUGAGGAAGAUUAG